UCUGUCAAAUUUCUCAGAAAAUAAUGAAAGAAAUAAUUUAAUUAAACUUAAAAUUAUGUGCUCAUAAUUUACUAAGUUAUUUUAAAUACUACAAAAUGUUCUCGUUAAUGAGACAGCGGGUCUUAAAUAAGUGCCUCAAGAUUUUGAGGUUAAGUAUCGUAGACUUCAGCAACUUGCCUGAUAUAAAGAAUUUGAACCUAGUCAGGACCGUGGAGAAGACUAUUGAUAACAACACGACCAUCUUUAUAGAGAGCCCUAUACAUGUGAAGGUGCAGCCUAUCGAUGUGAACGAUAUGAAGGCCCACAACAGGUUGACUAUGACAUUGUACAGUCAAGGCAAAGAUACAAGUGAUUUUCAAGUCAAACAGUCUUCUAAACGCCUAGAGCUACUGAACAAGAAUGCAUGCUCGGACCGGAACGACGUCUGCCUCAUACAAGUGCCGUAUCAUCUGAAAGUUCAAGUCACCACCACUGACAGUGCUUCAGUUCACCUAUCAAAGUUAGAAGGGGAGGAAUUUGUAGUAAAGACACAAAAAGGAGCUGUUAAAGUUACAGAUGUGAAAGCGCAGAAUGUCAAGGUGGAAAGUGUGGAAGGUGAGCUUCAGACAGAAGGGAGAAUACAAGCUGCCAAUAUUGACCUCAAAACUGGGCUCAAUUCUGGUAUAAACUGCAACAACAUAAUGGCUACGAAUUUUAACGUGACCACACAUGCUGGUCCAAUAGCUGUGAAGUCCUGCUACAGUGAUAAGUCACAUUUCACCACACUCAUGGGUAAUAUUAGACUGGAUCACCUACAUAGAUCUGUAAUGAUAGAUGUUAUUCAACAAGGCAAUCUACACAUCACUGGCUUCUCAGGCAACCUGCAGGCUUCAUUGAAGAGUGGGGAGGUGUACAUGCAUGCAUCCCAGCUAAUAGACAAGAGCAGCAUCUUUAUCCAUGAGAAGGGCAAAGUUGAGUUACUAAUACAUGACAUACUAAAGAAUUUGCCAGCAACCAAUCUGAUAGCUGAUAAAAUAAAAGUUGAUGACAAGAUCCUGAAGCUUGGCAGGUUCAUGGAUGAUGCACAUCCAAAGAGGUUUAGGUUUGAGGGAGAACCACAAAAUGAGUUGCACAUAGUCUGUAAGAAUGGCUCUAUUGAAUUGAAGGAGACAAACCUACCAUUUAUGGUGUAAUUUUUAUAAUUACUAUCUAUUUACUAUCACAGUAUAGUAGAUUGUGUUUAUGCCUAGCACUGUGUGUAUAUGGAGGAACUACUAUGAGUCAGCUGAUGUUAUUUUGUUUAACAUGAAGUGGAUAUUAAUUUAUUUUGUUAAAACUUAAGCAUUUUACUCUGUUUUGUUCAUUUUAGUUUUAUCAAAGAGUAACAGUUGGAUAUGCAAACCUACAGUAAUGUUAUGUGGACAUUGAAAAGCAUUUUAGUAUCAUUAAACAUUUAGUUAGUAUAUCUGCAUUUAUGCUAAACAUCCCAACUAAUAUUAUAAAUGCGAAAGUAACUCUGUCUGUCUGUCUGUCUGUCUGCCUGUUACGCUUUCCCGCUUA